AUGCCCACGAUCCGCGAAGUCGGCGACGACGAGGUGCUAUCCGACGAUCAACGUUCAAACGACGACGCAUCGGACUCGGACGCCGAGCACGAGCCCACCGCCGGGCCCUCCACCCCUGCCAACUCUACUUCAAAUGCCACCUCGAGCAGCAAAAAGAAAAAGAAGAAACGCUCGAAAGUCGCGAAAGCGCUGAACAAGUUAAAGGGCAAGGAGGUGCCGGACGCGGUGGUGGAGAAGGUGAUGGACGAGGUGCAGAAGACGGGCAACCCGGAGCUCGCGGGGAUGGACGAGGGCCAGCUGCGGACGAUUUUGGAGCAGCUGAAGAUUAAUGAUGUGUUGCAGGGCAAGGCGGGGCUGGGGGGGAAGAAUAAGAAGGAUACGGGCGAUCAUAAGUUCUGGUCUACGCAGCCCGUUACUCAGUUUGGCGAGGAGGUGGAAGAGGAAGGACCGCUCGAGCCGUCCAAGCCGCGGGACCAGGUCAAGCAAGAACCCUACGCGCUACCCAAAGAAUUCGAAUGGGCGACGGUCGAUCUCAAAGAGUCCGACCAGCUCAAAGAAGUCUACGAGCUGCUGUCCGCGAACUACGUCGAGGACGACCAGGCGUCCUUCCGCUUCGCCUACAGCCCCGAGUUCUUCCAGUGGGCGCUGAUGCCACCGGGGUACCACAAAGAGUGGCACGUCGGCGUGCGCGUAAAGGCGAGCAGGAAGCUCGUGGCGUUUAUCUCCGGCGUGCCCUUGCGCCUCCGCGUCCGCGGCAACGAAUUCGACUCGUCCGAGAUCAACUACCUCUGCGUGCACAAAAAGCUGCGCUCCAAACGCCUCGCGCCCGUCCUGAUCAAAGAGGUGACGCGGCAGUGCCACCUCAAGGGCAUAUUCCAGGCCAUAUACACGGCCGGCGUCGUCAUCCCCACGCCCGUGUCCACGUGCAGGUACUUCCACCGCACGCUCAACGUGCCGAAGCUCGUCGAUAUCAAGUUCACUUAUGUGCCAAGGAAUAUGACGCUGGCGCGGAUGAUCAAGCUGUAUAAGGUGCCGGGGGAGCUGAAGUUGGCUAGUGGAGGGAAGGGUGAGGGGAAGGGGAAGGGCGGGUUGAGGGAGAUGGAGGAGCGGGAUGUGCAGGGGGUGUGGGAGCUGUUUGGAAGGUAUAUGGCGAGGUUCGAUAUGGUGCCGGAGAUGAGCGUUGAGGAGGUUCGGCAUCAGUUUAUGAGUGGGCGGGGCGUGGGCGAGGUGGGGAAGAAUAAGCGGCGGGAUAAGCAGGUCGUGUGGACUUAUGUCGUCGAGCACCCCGAAACGCACAAAAUAACCGACUUCUUCUCCUUCUACUCCCUCCCCUCGACCGUCAUCAACCACCCGAAACACGACUUUGUCGAGGCCGCCUACCUGUUCUACUACGCCACGGACGUCGCGUUCCAGGAGGGCGCGGACGAGCGCGGGCUGCUGAAGCACCGGCUGCACGACCUGAUCCAGGACGCGAUCGUCGUGGCCGAGCAGGCCGGGUUCGAUGUGUUCAAUGCGUUGACGCUUAUGGAUAAUAGCAGCUUUUUGGCCGAUUUGAAGUUUGGCGCUGGAGACGGCUUGCUCAACUUCUAUCUCUACAACUGGAGAACAAAGCCCUUGUCAGGAUACAACGCUGUCGGGGACAGACCAGCAGGACGUGGUGUAGGCGUCGUCAUGCUGUAG